AUGCAAAUCUUCGUUAAAACUUUAACUGGAAAAACUAUCACUCUUGAAGUUGAAGCUUCCGACACCAUUGAAAAUGUCAAAGCCAAAAUCCAAGACAAGGAAGGUAUUCCACCAGACCAACAAAGAUUGAUCUUUGCUGGAAAGCAAUUGGAAGAUGGAAGAACACUCUCAGACUACAACAUCCAAAAGGAAUCUACAUUACAUCUUGUACUUCGUCUCAGAGGAGGAAUGCAAAUUUUCGUAAAAACUUUGACUGGAAAAACUAUCACUUUAGAAGUAGAAGCUUCUGACACCAUUGAAAAUGUCAAAGCCAAAAUUCAAGACAAAGAAGGAAUUCCACCAGACCAACAAAGAUUGAUCUUUGCUGGUAAACAGUUGGAAGACGGAAGAACACUCUCAGACUACAAUAUCCAAAAGGAAUCUACAUUACAUCUUGUACUUCGUCUCAGAGGAGGAAUGCAAAUCUUUGUAAAAACUUUGACUGGUAAAACCAUCACUUUAGAAGUUGAAGCCUCAGACACCAUUGAAAAUGUCAAAGCCAAAAUCCAAGACAAGGAAGGAAUUCCUCCAGACCAACAAAGAUUAAUUUUUGCUGGAAAGCAAUUGGAAGACGGAAGAACACUAUCAGACUACAAUAUCCAAAAAGAAUCAACUCUUCACUUGGUACUUCGUCUCAGAGGAGGAAUGCAAAUCUUUGUUAAGACUUUGACUGGAAAAACCAUCACUCUUGAAGUUGAAGCCUCAGACACCAUUGAAAAUGUGAAAGCCAAAAUCCAAGACAAGGAAGGAAUUCCUCCAGACCAACAAAGAUUGAUCUUUGCUGGUAAACAGUUGGAAGACGGAAGAACACUCUCAGACUACAAUAUCCAAAAAGAAUCUACCCUUCACUUGGUUCUUCGUCUCAGAGGAGGAAUGCAAAUCUUUGUCAAGACCUUGACUGGAAAAACCAUCACUUUAGAAGUAGAAGCUUCUGACACCAUUGAAAAUGUCAAAGCCAAAAUUCAAGACAAAGAAGGAAUUCCACCAGACCAACAAAGAUUGAUCUUUGCUGGUAAACAGUUGGAAGACGGAAGAACACUCUCAGACUACAACAUCCAAAAGGAAUCUACAUUACAUCUUGUACUUCGUCUCAGAGGAGGAAUGCAAAUCUUUGUCAAGACUCUAACUGGAAAAACUAUUACUCUUGAAGUUGAAGCCUCAGACACCAUUGAAAAUGUCAAAGCCAAAAUUCAAGACAAAGAAGGAAUUCCACCAGACCAACAAAGAUUGAUCUUUGCUGGAAAACAGUUGGAAGACGGAAGAACACUGUCAGACUACAAUAUCCAAAAAGAAUCAACUCUUCACUUGGUUCUUCGUCUCAGAGGAGGGAAAAUGCAAAUAUUCGUGAAAACCUUGACUGGAAAAACUAUCACUCUUGAAGUUGAAGCUUCUGACACCAUUGAAAAUGUCAAAGCCAAAAUCCAAGACAAGGAAGGUAUUCCUCCAGACCAACAAAGAUUGAUCUUUGCUGGUAAGCAAUUGGAAGAUGGAAGAACACUCUCAGACUACAACAUUCAAAAAGAAUCAACCCUUCACUUGGUACUUCGUCUUAGAGGAGGAAUGCAAAUCUUUGUUAAGACUUUGACUGGUAAAACCAUAACUCUUGAAGUUGAAGCCUCAGACACCAUUGAAAACGUCAAAGCCAAAAUCCAAGACAAAGAAGGAAUUCCACCAGACCAACAAAGAUUGAUCUUUGCUGGUAAACAGUUGGAAGAUGGAAGAACACUCUCAGACUACAACAUCCAAAAGGAAUCUACCCUUCACUUGGUUCUUCGUCUCAGAGGAGGAAUGCAAAUCUUUGUCAAGACUCUAACUGGAAAAACUAUUACUCUUGAAGUUGAAGCUUCUGACACCAUUGAAAAUGUGAAAGCCAAAAUUCAAGACAAAGAAGGCAUUCCACCAGACCAACAAAGAUUGAUCUUUGCUGGUAAGCAAUUGGAAGAUGGAAGAACACUCUCAGACUACAACAUCCAAAAGGAAUCUACCCUUCACUUGGUUCUUCGUCUCAGAGGAGGAAUGCAAAUCUUUGUCAAGACUCUAACUGGAAAAACUAUUACUCUUGAAGUUGAAGCUUCUGACACCAUUGAAAAUGUGAAAGCCAAAAUUCAAGACAAAGAAGGAAUUCCACCAGACCAACAAAGAUUGAUCUUUGCUGGUAAACAGUUGGAAGACGGAAGAACACUCUCAGACUACAACAUCCAAAAGGAAUCUACCCUUCACUUAGUACUUCGUCUCAGAGGAGGAAUGCAAAUCUUCGUUAAGACUUUGACUGGAAAAACUAUCACUCUUGAAGUAGAAGCCUCAGACACCAUUGAAAAUGUCAAAGCUAAAAUUCAAGACAAAGAAGGAAUUCCUCCAGACCAACAAAGAUUGAUUUUUGCUGGUAAGCAAUUGGAAGACGGAAGAACACUCUCAGACUACAACAUCCAAAAAGAAUCUACCCUUCACUUGGUACUUCGUUUGAGGGGUGGUUUUUUUUCAAAUUUUCAGUCAUAA